AUGUUACUUUGGCAGAUAGCAGUCAUUGUCGGCUGCCUCGGAGCUACACUGCUGCCUAUCUUGCCUUCUCCUUCUACUCUCUUCCAAAGGAGGACACGUCUGAAUGCGCAGACAACAUUCUUCGGCUUCAACAACUGCUCUUUAGAGCAAGGUGCAACGAUCGUGCAAGCCCAUCGAGACGCUCUUCUUUUAGCAAACUCAGCAUUAGAAAAGGAUAGCGAGCUGCUUCCGGCUGAUUCACGCUAUCUUGAUUUCAGUUCGGCGGCUGCUAUCGACUAUUGGGGCCCGCCAGAGCAUAACGUUCAAUGGCGACAGCGAGUAUUUGACACAUAUAUCCGGGCAACACGAACCUAUCGUGGACUGGGAUGGAGUGACUGGUGGAGUAAUAGAUAUGUCCAGAUAUCCUGUGGCGGCCUAGAGGGAGCCUGCGAAAGCUCCAUUGCGUAUACAAUGAUUGAGAAUGAUCCUUAUCCAUCCAUCACUUACUGUGAGAGGUUUUUUACUGACGUCAAGUCCUACGAUGCAGCAGUCAGAAGAAUCAGGAAUUCAGAUUGGAGCUUGACCAAAAACGUUCUCAAUAUGGUCUGUCAAGCAUCGGUGGCUUUCCAUGAAUGGCUUCAUAUCGGCUACGCUUCGUCUGAAAUCUGCCAGGGCGGCUGUGAGGAUACGCCACAGCCUAUUGGUCAGGUCGCCACCAGAACAUAUGGAGCAGGCGCGGCGAAGCUACUAGCCCUCAGAAGCACCAAAUGGGUACCGUACACAGUUGAAAAUUACGUUUACUUUGCCUUGGCAAGACACAUGACCCAAAUGUUCGGAAGGUACCCCCCCUUUCCGCUUGCAUGGGACCCUGAUAAAACGCCUCAGAAGAACCAGGAGCAGGAUAGGAAACAACCUGGAUACACCCCACCUCCCGUUGAACUUGAGCUAGAAAAACCCUCAAAUUCUACUGAAACAGCUAACGUUCCCACUGCAAAAUAUCCACUCUCAGCGUAUCCGAGCCGGUAUAGACCUGUGUUGACCGCCAGACAUCCGUAUACAAGUGAGCUUCUAAGAUUUUCCGAGCCCAAGAAACGGCAUACUCCACGCAAUGUCUCUAUACCAAAUACUAACGACAUUGUUUGCAACACAAACAACACCUCUCCUUUGAUAGAGCAUUGUGUAAAUGCAUUCGCAGUGCUGUACUCGAAUCCGAAUGAGCCCGCCCGAAAAGGCAAAAAGGGUGUCUGGAGUUGGCAGGCCGCGAUAUCCGUGAACAUGCGAGUAUGGUAUUUGAAGCAUGUCAAGAUGGAGGUCAAGGCAGAGUCAGCGGUCAAGUUCCUUUCAAUCGUGCUGACUGUCCUGCAACAAUCUCCAUAG